CAAAGUCUUUAUGCGGUUCUCAGCCCUUUCUACACACAAGAGAAUCCAUACUGGAGAGAAACCUUUCAAAUGUGAAGAAUGUGGCAAAGCUUUUAAGCACUCCUCAACCCUUACUACACAUAAGAUGAUUCAUACUGGAGAGAAACCCUACAGAUGUGAAGAAUGUGGCAAAGCCUUCAACACAUCCUCACACCUUACUGCACAUAAGAUAAUUCAUACUGGAGAGAAACCCUACAAAUGUGAAGAAUGUGGCAAAGCUUUUAACCAUUCUUCAUCUCUUACUACACAUAAGUUCAUUCAUGCCGGAGAAAAACCCUACAAAUGUGAAGAAUGUGACAAAGCUUUUUAUCGAUUCUCAUUCCUUACCAAACAUAAGAUAAUUCAUACUGGAGAGAAAUUCUACAAAUGUGAAGAAUGUGGCAAAGGCUUUUACUGGUUUUCAACCCUUACUAAACAUAAGAGAAUUCAUACUGGAGAGAAACCCUACAAAUGUGAAGAAUGUGGCAAGGCCUUUAAUGUGUCUUCAAAUCUUACUACACAUAAGAUGAUUCAUACUGGAAAGAAACCCUACAAAUGUGAAGAAUGUGGCAAAGCCUUUAACUACUCCUCAAAACUUACCAAACAUAAGAUAAUUCAUACUGGAGAGAAACCUUACAAAUGUGAAGAAUGUGGCAAAGCUUUUAACCAAUCCUCAAACCUUACUACACAUAAGAUAAUUCAUACUGGAGAGAAGUCUUACAAAUGUGAAGAAUGUGGCAAAGCUUUUACCCAUUCCUCACACCUUACUUCACACAGGAGAAUUCACACUGGAGAGAAACCCUACAAAUGUGAAGAAUGUGGCAAAGCUUUUAACCAAUCCUCAAAUCUUAGUAAACAUAAGAUAAUUCAUAUUGGAUAGAAGUCUUACAAAUCUGAAGAAUGUGAUAAAGCCUUUAACCAAACCUCAACUCUUACUAAA